GAGCUGGGAAAACAACUCUUCUAAAUUACAUACUGACAAAACAGCAUAAUAAAAGAAUAGCAGUUAUUCUGAAUGAGUUUGGAGAAGGAAGUGCCUUGGAGAAAUCCCUGGCAAUCAGUCAAGGGGGAGAACUCUAUGAAGAGUGGCUGGAGCUCAGAAAUGGCUGCCUGUGCUGCUCAGUAAAGGACAAUGGCGUGAAGGCUAUUGAAAACCUGAUGCAAAGGAGAGGAAAAUUUGACUACAUAUUGUUAGAAACAACUGGUUUGGCAGAUCCAGGAGCUGUGGCUUCCAUGUUCUGGGUUGAUUCCGAGCUGGGAAGUGACAUCUAUCUUGAUGGUAUUGUAUCUGUUGUUGAUGCAAAACAUGGAUUGCAGCACUUGACAGAGGAAAAGCCAGAAGGCCUUGUCAAUGAAGCAUCUCGGCAGGUUGCAUUAGCUGAUCUUAUAAUCAUCAAUAAAACGGAUUUGGUUUCAGGGGAAGAAUUGAAUAAAGUCAGAACAUCGGUCAGGUCAAUAAAUGGACUCGUUAAAAUUCUGGAGACACAAAGAUCAAGAGUUGAUCUCUCUGAUGUCUUGGACCUGCAUGCUUUUGACAGUUUAUCUGGAAUAAGUUUGCAGAAAAAGCUUGAGCAUGUAAAGACAACACAUGCACAUCUGGAUAAGGGUAUAAUUACAGUAACAUUUGAAGUUCCAGGAAAUAUAAAAGAAGAAAACUUAAAUCUCUUUAUUCAGAAUCUUCUGUGGGAGAAGAACGUGAAAGAUAAGACUGGGCACACCAUGGACGUUGUAAGACUGAAGGGACUGGUAUCUAUUCAAGGCAAAUCUCAUCAGGUGAUAGUCCAAGGUGUCCAUGAGCUCUAUGAUCUGGAAGAGACUCCAGUAGCCUGGAAAGAAGACGAAAAGAGAACAAAUAGACUGGUCCUAAUAGGCAGGAACUUGGAUAAAGAGACAAUCAAAGAAGUAUUCCUAGCCACUGUGAGAGAGAAACAAGGAAACAGUUGA